AAGAGGACUCAGCUGACUUUUGUAAAAGAAAAGUAGCAAAUGAGUCAGAGAGUUAGAUGAUAGGUGAAAUAAAAAGGGGGGAAAAGGAUCUCCCUUUCUUCAAUUCUUCACGUAUAUAAACACUCACCUGUCAUGAGACACUCGUAGGUGACGCACAAAAAGAUAACCAAAAAUAAAAAGAAGAACAAGAAAGAUUGAGAAAGGGUGAACAUGGGAAGGCCUCCUUGCUGUGAUAAGGUAGGAAUCAAGAAGGGGCCUUGGACGCCUGAAGAGGACAUCAUCCUAGUCUCUUACAUUCAAGAGCACGGCCCUGGAAACUGGAGGUCUGUACCAACAAACACUGGACUGAUGAGAUGUAGCAAAAGUUGCAGAUUGCGAUGGACGAACUAUUUGAGGCCAGGGAUCAAACGAGGGAACUUCACUCCCCAUGAAGAAGGGAUGAUCAUACAUCUCCAAGCUUUGCUAGGUAACAGGUGGGCAGCCAUAGCAUCCUACCUCCCUCAGAGAACAGACAAUGAUAUCAAGAACUACUGGAACACCCACCUCAAGAAAAAGAUCAAGAAGUAUCAAACGGCAAUUGACAGUUACGUCACUCCAUCUGAUUCAGCCGCCACCGGCUUCCAUCAAGAACUCGCAAUGAGAGCCUACAGCUCUUCUACCACUACGCACUCCACACUCCCAAGCUUCGGUCACAGCUCCUCAACCUAUGCCUCAAGCACUGAGAACAUAUCAAAACUUCUAGAAGGUUGGAUGCGAUCCUCCUCAAAAACUACUACUAUAAAGCCAGAACAACAAGACCAUCACCAACGAAGUAUAGCAUUCAAUACCAACAAUGAAGAGCUUCAAUCAUUGGUCUCAAUAGAGAACUUUGGCUGCAUUGGCUGGGAGAAGUCAUCGGCGGAUUCGGAAGAAAUGUCCAAGGAGAGAUCGGAGAGACAGCAAGCACCAAUAUCCCUAUUAGAGAAAUGGCUUCUUGAUGAGGCUGCUGGACAAGUGGAGGGACUCAUGGAGCUGUCAGAUGCUGUGUUCUAACAAAGCUUGUUUCUUUCUGCAAAUGCGAAAGGUUACCUGCAUGGCUACUGUACUGUUUCUGUUUAUGUUACUAUUACUAUGUGUAGGGGGUAAUUGUAAAAUUCUGGAGGAGUCUCUUUCCAAAUGUAAGAUAGGGAGAAGUGUUUCAAAAACUAUCCUGAAAUAAAAACUCCACAUGGGGGUUUUCUGUUGUGUUA